AUGAAGCUCCGCAUUGGCGCCAACCUAGGGGAACCAUUCAUCCACUUCGUCGAGGGGCAAAAAAGGAAAUCGACCUUAGAGGGCUAUGCCGUGGACUUGGUCAACGCCCUAGGCGAAAAACUCAACUUCACCUACGACUUCCUUCUUGUUGACGAGGGGAUGCUGCUUAACAUCGACGGAGCUCCCGAUGGGCUGAUUGGGCUGGUCCAUAGAGCCGAGGUGGACUUCGGGAUCUCGGGACGCCUCCGCAGCCGCCGCUAUUAUCGGUACGUGAAGUACUCCACGCCGUACACUGUGGAUCGUAUCGUGAUGAUCGUAAAUAAGCCUUCGCGGAUGUCGCCGUCCUCGCACCCGUUCGCCAGUUUCUCUUGGACCUUCCUCCUCGCUUGGGUCGCGUCAAUCGUCUGCUUCACCUUUUUCAUCAUGGGCAUCAGACGCUUUUGGUUCACUGGGACAUUUGUGGAACCAACAUGGUUAUCGGUAUAUCGUGUGACCACCUAUGUUUCGAUUCCUCAACGUGUCUACCUCCACCAUUCGUCAUACCGGCUCUCUUUCGGCUUCCUCUGGCUCGCCAUGACUCUGGAAUCCAAUGAAGAACUACUGAAAGGUACGACGAAGCUUUUCGUGUACCUGGGAACCCUGAGUGAAUCCAUGGUGAAGUCCUUCUACAAGGCCUUCCCUGGGGAGAACACCUACCUCUUCGGAUACAUGCCCCUGACGGAGGGAAACGGGAGUUCCUCGGCCGUGUCCUUCCGUGUCUACAAUCGCUGUCUCUACUGUCAAGGCGGGAAACCAAAGGUCGUACUCGUCGAUGAGGUCUCCUGGGCUCUGGGCGACACCCUGCAAUCGAAGAUGGCCUCCCCAACGGCCAGUUUCACUGGGAAUUUCUAUGGAGCAAGGCUCCACAUUGGCGCCAACCUAGGGGAACCAUUCAUCCACUUCGUCGAGGGUCAAAAAGGGAAAUCGACCUUAGAGGGCUAUGCCGUGGACUUGGUCAACGCCCUAGGCGAAAAACUCAACUUCACCUACGACUUCCUUCUUGUUGACGAGGGGAAGCUGCUUAACAUCGACGGAGCUCCCGAUGGGCUGAUUGGGCUGGUCCAUAGAGCCGAGGUGGACUUCGGGAUCUCGGGACGCCUCCGCAGCCGCGGCUAUUAUCGGUACGUGAAGUACUCCACGCCGUACACUGUGGAUCGUAUCGUGAUGAUCGUAAAUAAGCCUUCGCGGAUGUCGCCGUCCUCGCACCCGUUCGCCAGUUUCUCUUGGAUCUUCCUCCUCGCUUGGGUCGCGUCAAUCGUCUGCUUCACCUUUUUCAUCAUGGGCAUCAGACGCUUUUGGUUCACUGGGUCAUUUGUGGAACCAACAUGGUUAUCGGUAUAUCGUGUGACCACCUAUGUUUCGAUUCCUCAACGUGUCUACCUCCACCAUUCGUCAUACCGGCUCUCUUUCGGCUUCCUCUGGCUCGCCAUGGUCAUAUUCUACGUCAUCUACCAGGCUUCGCUUCAGUCCAUGCUGAACGUCACGGAAUACGCGUCACCUGUGAAUGCCAUCGAUGACUUCGAGAAGCAGGGCUUGCAAUGGCUGGUGAACGAGGGCACUACUGCAGAUUAUUACUUCGAGGACAACCCUUAUAUGCAGGCAGUAAAAGUCCGCUAUGCCGGGAACGAGUCAGCCUUGGAUAUCAUGAUGAAGAAUCCCUACAUGUACGGGACGGUGAGCGAUAUGAUCAGCUUCCUGGUACAACGCAAUCGCUACCUGCAGGCGGAUGGCUCAAACCCUUUCUGGACACUGCGAGAGACCGUUGAUAUGUUCCUAUUGUCCAUCCCGUUUCCAAAGGUGUCACUCUUCCAAGAGUCAUUCAAUCGGGUCAUUCGACGGCUCGUAGAUGGAGGCAUCGUGAAGCACUGGCGCGAGAUGGCGCAAUUUCGGAUUCAGCUGCGUAACGUCAAGGAUAUUCUCACCAGGAAGGAUAGUUAUUCCGAAAUGCAACGCGUGGAGGCAUUAUUACCGUUAGGGAUAGCUUAUCUCGUCGGGCCUUUUUAUCUCCUCGCGGCUGGAGAAGCGAUCGCCUUGGUCGUAUUUUUCAUCGAACUUUUCGCUGUGAGGGCCGGUUCACGGGAGCGCCAAACUGCAAUUAAAUGA